GCCAUCUUUGUUUACACAGGAUGGUUCUUGCCUGGAUGGUUUUUCUGGAAACAGGAUGUACGCAAGGCACAGCACGUACUCGGAAGCUUUACUAGCUCCAGUGGUUUCACAGCCCAGAUGAGCUCGACGAGUGAAAUAAUCUGGACCGUGAGUAGAUCUUGUUAGUCCAUAUGGCAGACAAUUUUCCGAUUUGGUGAUGGCGACCAUUUUAGAUCGUAUUCGCACGACGAUAGAAUUGAUGGUCCAACGACUCUCCUCUAAAAACAUCGGCCAGGAAUUGCGAAUCGCCUCUCGGCAGUGCCGACUUCUUGCGACGAAGGCUAACGGAACGCUGCACAUAGUAGACGAAUUUUCGAAUGUUCUGCGUGACGCAGAAAACCAGAGAAUUGAAAUCCUGCCAUGGGAACCAGCUGCUGUGGAGCUGCAUGGGUUGCUGAAAGAUGCCGAGAGGCUCAUCGAUAUGUGCUGCUGCGGUGACGAAUGGCUGAAAGUCGCCAUCGAUCGAGGCAAUUUGAAACUAACCUUCGGUAAACUUCUUUACGAUAUAGAAUGGCACGAAUCGGUGCUGUGUAGUUCCCUCGUAUUAGAGAAGAACGCUUUUGUGCAGAGGUUUUGCGACGGAAAUCUCACUUUCGCGGACAAUUUCAAAUUGUUAGCAGCGUCAAAGAAAGAUUUCCAAUCUCUGCUGGACCUUCUCAGACGCUCCCAUGUUUGUGACGAGGUGUGUGAGCCCGGCACCGAUGGAGGAUGCCUGGCCCGGAAGCUUCUAAAGAAAAUGGAAGAGGAGGAGAUCCGAGUGGUGGUUAGGAGAGAGACAUUGCCAUUACAGUCGCCUCUCUUACUAUGGGUGAACUCCCAGCAACUUCCCAAAGGAAAAGCACUGGGAAGGGGCUCUUUUGCCAAAGUGCGAAAAACAACAUGGCUGGGGCUCGAGUAUGCGAAGAAGGUGUUCAAUAGUGGUUCUGUCCACCAAGUUAUUUUCAAGCAGGAAGUCACUGUUAUGGCUGGACUAGACCAUCCCAAUGUCCUCCGAAUCGUGUGUUGCUUUGCGGAUAGUGAGCUGGGGAUCGUCAUGGAGCUCAUGCACAAGAGCCUUUUCGACGUUUUAAAUGAUUUUCGGAAUAAAAAAUAUGCUCCUGGGGCGGUCACUCCAUUUUCAAUCACACAAGCGGUUGACCUGAUGCUGCAGCUUGCUGAAGGCGUGAGAUACCUUCACAGCAAGCACCUGGCUCACCGUGACAUCAAGUCGGGCAAUGUUCUUCUACAAUUCGCGGACCCUAAACACGGAACGACAGAACCAUGGAGCAAUGGUAACACCUGUCCCUUCAUUGCAAAGGUGGCAGACUUUGGGUUGACAAAGAUUAAGAACACUAGCACGCACAGGGGUCAUCAAACACUUAUGACAGGCACUAGGCCUUGGAUGGCUCCAGAGGCUUACAAGUAUGAAUGGACAGAUGAACCCACACCGUCCUCUCGCUACCACCCCAUGAAACUCGAUGUUUAUGGAUUUGGAAUUAUGUGCUGCGAAAUAUUGUCAGGGGAGGAGCCAUACCAGAAAUUACCGUCGUAUGCUGCUGUAAAGGCCGGAGAGAGGCCGAAGUUGCCUGAUUACAUCCCCGAGCGAUUGGCAGCUCUGAUCCAACUCUGCUGGCACGGAAACCCUAGGAUGCGCCCGGUAUUCACCACAAUCUGCACAGAGCUCCGUUUCAUUAAAGGUCUUCUCUUGCGAGGUGAUCAGGAGGCAUUACGGAACAUUGCCAUUGAUGUUGGAGGGGCUUCUAUGAAUAUUGGAGAUGAGGUCAAGGUGCGGGGGCCUUGGGGAGGCGGUGGGGGAUCUCCUUUCUUUGACGGUGUGGUUACCUCCAUAAAAAGCAUAUCAGUGUGGUAUAUGAAAAAUCCAAUGGCUUGCAUCAGCUGCGUUGAGAUAGAGUACGAAGUGAACGAACGCUCCUUUUUCGUUACCCAUGGGAAAGGCAUACGAGGUUCAAAAUAUGCUCAGGUCAAGAUCGAUGAGCCCAAUGAGUACGUGAUAGAGAUCGAAGGAUCGUAUGGGGUAACAGCAGCAGUGACUGUCGGAAACGCCGAAGUGGUGAGCAUUUUGUCUUUGGCUAUACGAACAAAUCUGACCAAGUAUGGACCUUUUGGAGGAUCUGGCGGGACGCAGUUCAGUAGCGGCGAAGGCAAGGUUGUGGGAGUCUUUGGAAGGUCUGACAUGAUAAUAGACCAGAUUGGGUUCUUCACCGUGGCGCCUGAAGCGAUGUAAGGAUCCUUGUUAUUAAAAUUUUAGUUCUUUUAUUUUUGUAGCAAACUGAUUGGGAACGUGUAAGGUUAGAAAGGUGAUGUUUUUCUGGUUGGAGGUACAAAUGAUCAAAAAAUUUAGGGGUUUGUUCAAUGAGAAUUACAUGAGUAUGUUUGUUAGUUGUUAAAUAUUGCAUAUAAAGUUAAUAUGUAUAGAUACAUGGUUGCAAUAACCUAUAACAUAUUCA